AUAAACACUUUCCGUGUAUCAAGUUGUCCCUGUUGAAUUAUUAAACGAAAUUAUUCACUGCUUAAAUGCAAACUGAAAGUAGAAAGUGACAUGAGAACCUGAAGGUGAACAGCCACCAAAAAUAAACGAUGGCUAAACAAUUGAUUGCGGUUUUGAUAGCGGGUGGACGCAUUGUUGGUCAAGCUUUUGCCAAAGCAUUUCGCCAAGAGCUUGAAAUGAGUCGUCAAGCAGCUGCAAGACAUGGCGGGGGAAGGCAUGGAGAAAAGAAAGCUGCUACAGAUAUUGCAUAUGGCAUGUCACUCCAGGAAGCAAAGGAGAUUUUAAAUGUGAAGGAUCUGAGUGAUAAAGAGGCUAUAGUAAAGAAUUAUGAACAUUUGUUUGCUGUCAAUGACAAGGUCAAAGGAGGGUCCUUCUAUGUGCAGUCUAAGGUUGUACGAGCAAAAGAGCGCAUAGACAAGGAAAUAGAGACGGUGGAAUCCAAUCCAACAGACUCUCAAUCAGACGGCAGUGGGUCAGGGAAAACCUAGCAGCGUGUUAUGUUGUUUUGUGUUCUGUGAUUAUUUCAUUUGUGAAUUGGUGGAUGAAGCCUGCACAUUAUGGAGCAGCCAUACCAAAUUUGGCAUUGUCAGUCAGAGAAUUUAUAUGUCUGUGUUUUAAAUCCAGUUUUCAUCAUCUGUCAAAUGACAUUUUUUAUGCUUCAGAAAAACAAAGUAUUUUAGCAUUGCAUCAAACUUGAUAACUUUUCUGUAGUUAAACAAGAUUAGAUGUUUCAUGGAAAUUAACAAGUCAAUUCCAAUUAGUUUCAAUUCUAAGUAGAGCAUGGUUAAUGUAUAGGAGAGGGUAUAUAAAUUAGAAUCACUAAAUCAGUCAGUUUGUCUGGUUAGCAUAUUGGUUGGUAAACGUGGUUAUCUCCUAGGCGACCUGGGUUAAAUCCCUGUUCCCCAAAGCAUACGAGUUUGGUAGGUGGUCACCAUACCCGACAGGUGGGGUUUCUGCCAGGUACUCUAGCUUCCCCCAAUAGCACAAGACUUCCCAUAAAAUUGAAUUCUUUCAGUAAAAAUUAAAUAGCUGAAAGUUGCAGAUUUAAUUCAAAAAUUUGUUCCAACUUUCGUGAGUCUAGUGGGUUAAUUAGGAAGGGAUGCCGAGACACACUCCAAGUACGCACAAAAAUGCAGGCUAAGGCACAGAAGGACCUCAUAAACUUUUAAAUACACACACACUCAGCUUGUCAACAUAAGUUUGUGGAGUGAACUUCUUCCACCAUUGUCAAUUGGCUAUUAAUUCCAUGAAUGUGUUGAUGGUCCUAAGAAAAUGACAGAGUAUUUAUCUUACUUAUCUAUUCACUAAGCCUAUAAUUGCAAAUGUAUUAAAACUAAUGAAAAAAGAUGUUUUUCUUCGUGGCUUUAAAACUGUUCAUACAUGAUCCUGUGACAGUUGAACUCCAAAUUGUUGUUAAUUGGCUGAUUAACAAUUAAUAAUAUGACAUUAUUUCAUGAAUUUAAAUUUAUAUCCUUGCUUUUUAUAUUUCAUGAAUAUGUCAAUGGUGAAAGAAUUUGACAAGAGAAUGUUUAUUAGUCUACUCUUGUGGUUAUUGUACUGAUUUCACCUUACAUGUGUAAGUCAAAUUUUUAGAGAUUGGUCGAGCUCUGUUCUUUGUCAGUGGGCGAUCAUUUGUGAAAUCAUAAGAAAUCAUCUCAAGGAAUGUGUCUAUAUAGUUUUACAUUAAUUUCAAUUGUUGGAGUCAUUUUGUUUUGCACCAUGCCUUAAAGAUGAUGCAUGUUGUAUCUCUCUUCAGAUUGUUCAAUAAGAACAGUGUCAUAGCAAAACAAAAAUGUAUUUGUUCUUAUCAAUUUUACAUGAAAAGGUGAAAAAAGUGUCCUAAGAGAUACAUUUUCUGAAUUCUAUGACCCACCAGGCUGGCCAGAUCAGUUGAGAGAGCGCUGAGCUAUAAAUAUGAGGACCACAGUGUUGAUUGCAUUGUUGUCACAUACUGGCCUUUGUGUGUACACUCAGAUCUGGUACAUCAGCUUACCCUGGAAAUGUGACGGUGUACGUCAGUAAACUUAUCACCAUUUCAUGACUGAAAUACAGUUGAAAACAGCAAAAUAUCCAAAUAAACAAUCUGUAACAUU